GGGCGCGGGCCUAAGAAGAACAAAAGAAAAAAAAAUGUUCUCAGCAAAACUAUCAAAAAAGCACCAGAGCAUGAGGGAAGCAAGCACCCCUGGCUUCUUCAGGCUCAGGCUUAGGGCGUACCCCAGAUUUUCAGGAGGCAGAGCAAGCCCAAGGCCAGGCCCUGCAGAGCAUUUUCCUCUCUGAGAGAAAUAACUGGUGCGCCUGGCUGUGGGGGCUCCGGGACAUUGGCCCAGGGCUCAGCGACCCCCAACCCUCUCUGCCCCUGGAGGUCCAGACCCUGCUCGCUCUCACCUUAGUUGGUUGAAUGCACACCUUCUCUGUGCAGAUACUGCAUAGUGCUGAGGAUUCAGAAAUGGUUAAGCACAGCCACUGUUUGGGAGAGCCCACAAUACGGGAUGGGAAAAGCUCAAAAAUGGAUCCCUUGGAAAUACAGCUGGAUAAAGCUGCCUGAGAAGGGGCCAUAUCAGAAUUGUCACACUCUCACAUCUGGUGCAGUAUUUGGUGCAUAGAAGACACUGAGUAAAUGUUGACUAAAUCCUUGAGUUGGUUAAUUUCCAGAUAAGUGUCCUGAUGGCUAUCUUAAGAAUCCCCAGAAAAGAUCCUGACUCCAGGUGGUCGUGUGUCAGCAAAGUUUCCUAAACCGGAUUGUGUGUGUACAGCCGGACAAAGCUAUGGAGGCUGAAAGCUGCACCAUGCCUGUGAUUAGUUACAGCCGCAGAAAGUGAGGGCAGGAGUGGGGGAAUGAGGCUGGAGGGAUCACGGGGAAGGGCACGGCUGCAGCAGGAGGACCUUCAUGCCCUGUGGAGGGCUGAGGCUCCACGGUGAAGCCUGCCUGUGUGAGGCGGGGAGAGGGUUAGUGACUGGUGGACAGGGAUUGAUUUGCAAGUUAAGAGUUCACUCAGUGAUUCAACAAAUCUUUACUGCACACCUAUCCUGCACUAGUUGCCAUGGCGACAGUAGAUGGACCUUGGAGUCUAAUGGAGGAGAGUAAAAAGGCAGAGUUGCAGUGUGCUAAGGGAGUAGAUGAGAGACUGGGAGCAAAGGGUGUGGAUGGAAGGCGGGGAGGGCUUCCCAGAAGGGACCUGUCAGCUGAGGAGUGACUGAGCAGAGCAGAGAGUGCAGUCCAAGAGCUAAGGAGCGCCUGAGCCACGCCUGCUCGGGGAAGGGAAAUAAAUUCCCUCCGCCAGUGUGUGGAGGGCGGGGACUGGAGCUUUAGCAGAGAGGCCAAGGGUUUGGAUGCACCUGUGGGAGGAAGGAAAACGGUAGUGUCUGUAUAUAUUUAGUAUUUAGUAGGUGGUAAGAGAAUUUGGAUAUUAGAGGGAAGGAGAGCAAGGGGUCUAGCGCUUCUGGUGGAGGCUGAGCCGCAGGAGAUACGCUAGGAGAGGUGUUGGAAACUUGCUAAGUUUGAGACGGCAGUGGAACAGCCGGGGGGCCUGGGGAGGCAUUUCAGUGUAAGGGCCCCGGAUCCUAACUUCUUGGGGGACCGAGUCCCAACCCACCCAAAUCCCCGGGUGUUGGGACAUUCUCACUCGAGUCCUUGGGAUUUGUGAGACCCCCCCCCCCGCCCCUCCUAAUUCCUAGUUUCUGGGAGUUGGGAGCUCCUCCUUCAAUAAAAAGUCGCCUGUGUUGGAGGCCCGGGUUCGUGUCCCUGUACGCCCCCCACCCCGCCCCCAGUCCCUGGAUGUCGGCACCUCCUCCCUGGCACCAGCUGUGGGUGUUGGGCGCCCCUCCCCCACCCGCGGGCGUUCGGAGCUCGUUCCCCCACAGUCCGUGGGGCGCCGUCCCUGCCAGCGAUGGCGUCGCGGGCUCUGAUGGGGGCCCUGGCGCUCUGGGGCUGGGCGCUGGCGCCGGCGGGGGCCGUGGACGCCAUGGGCCCUCACGCGGCCGUCCGCCUGGCCGAGCUCCUGACCCCGGAGGAGUGCGGUCACUUCCAGUCGCUCCUGAAGGCGCCGGAGCCGGACCUCGAGGCCGAGCUGGCCAGGCUCUCCGAGGACCGGCUGGCGCGGCCCAAGCCGGUGCCCACGCUGGCGUCAUUGGGCCGGCGGCGGCGACGCGAGGCGGCGGGAGAUCUGGCGGGCCGGGAGGCCGAACCCGCGGACGUGUCCGACGGCUGCCGGGAGGGGCUGGCGGCCUGGCUGGCUGCCGAGGCCCCGUCUCUGUCGUGGGACCGCGUGGCCCGGGCCCUGCGGCGCAGUGGCCGCCCCGACGUAGCCCGGGAGCUGGGCAAGAACCUCCACCAGCAGGCGACGCUGCAGCUGCGCAAGUACGGGCAGCGCUACCUGCCGCCGCCCGCCGUCCCUGUGGUCCCUGCCGGGCCUCCUGCCCGCGCCCCCGCCCCGGCCCCGUCUUUGCGCCCCCGCCGCUCCUCGAUCCCCGAGCCCAACUGGGACGAGCUGGAGCUGAUCGUGGAGCGACUGCCGCAGGCGCCGUACGAGCGGAGCCCCACUGGCUGGGCCGGGCCGCUGGCAUUCGGCUUCCUCACCGGCUUCGGGGGGGCGCUGGGCGCCGGGGCGCUGCUCAUCCUGCUCAUGCCGUGGAUCACCGGCGGAGACGGUGGCGGAGCCCGGCCCGGCAGCCCCCUGCUGCCCGACCCUUCCCUUCUCGGGCCCUCCAGGGAAGCGGAGCCGCUCUUGACUGCAGAGCCCCUCGAAUCGCUGGGGGCCUGGGCGGCAGGUGGGCCAGACCGCCCCUCGCCUCCCUGCGCCCAGUUGUGAAGUGGGUGCACAGUCCAGGAGGGAUGCUGCCUUCGACGUAUUAUACAAGUUAUGAAAUGCGCAAUGGAGGGAGCGAUCGGUUUGUUCGUUGGUUGGAAGUGACCGUCACAGCCAGCGGGGCUGCCAGUGGAGGAGGAGGGGCUUGGGUGUCCGUUCACUGGGGCUGGCGGGGGAGGCAGGCCCUUGCAGUUCUUGUCAGCUUUAGUUCCUUCUUUACCUCGAACUUAUUCUUCCACUCAAGAGCUACCACUUCUUGAGCACUAACGUGUGCCAGGCCCUAGGCUAAAGCAGUUACAUGUAUUAUUUGAUAUAAUCUUCAAAACCCCCAAAGGAAGGUCUUAUCUCCAUUACACAUAAGGAAACUGGCCACAGCUAGUUAGUGGCAUAGCCAGGUUUUUGAAUCCGGAGCUGCUUGAGCCAAAAGUUUGAGCUCAGAGGGAAUGAUCUGUGAGGGGUAGGGAGCUGGAGAAACACCAUGGGGACCAGAACAAGCCCUGGAGCUUCUGCUUACCCUGAGGCCCUGCCUUGGGUGGCACAGCUAGAAGUGUGCCCACUUCCAGGGGCUGCUGCUCCCAGCUGCUCUCCACUCAGGCAGGGCUCCUGAGGCUCCAUCUGGAGCCCCCAAUUCUCACCCACCUGAGGAGGGGCUGGGGCACUGCCAGGCCACCUGAGGAGCGGGGCUGGGGUGAACCCUCUCAGACUCAGACUGCUGCCGAAGGUGGGAGGCUGGCUGGAGGGUCCCGCUGGGUGGGAGUGCUUGACUCCCCCCGCCCCGGGCUUUGGUGUAAGAGCAAUGACAGAAUGACAGGCCAGUCCAAGAGGAGAGUUGAAAACAAGAUUGACGUAACCCUUUAUUGCAAAUUCUAAAGUAAAAAGAUGUACAGUACAAAGUAAAAUUGAAAUUUCAGACUAUAAACUUCCAAUCCACUUAUACAUUCUCAUUUCUCAAGCAUUUCUGCCAUUUCCGCAUAAACGGAACAGGGAACAAGUCGAGGGGGGUGAGGAAAGGAGAUACAGCAAGGGAAAGAAAUUAAGUGUCUAGAAUAAUCACAAACCCCAGAAGCAAGUGAAAGGAAAGACAUUUUCUCGACCUGCUGUCCUGGUGAUGAGAAGCGGGGGUGGUUGGAGCAGUGCAGUUUAAAAUGGCUCUCAGAAUAGCAGCAUUUAUGGUACCAUUUCAUCUUCCGAAAGUCCAAAUAGUACUUUGCCCUUCCCUAGUGCCUUGGCCUCUGUAUCUCAAAAACACUUUACAAAACAUGUAGUUAAAGCCUCACAACACCCCUGUGAGGUAGGUCAGUAUUAUUAUCCCCAUUUUACAGAUGGGGAAACUGAGGCACAGAGAGGUUAAGUGACUUGCCCAAGGCCACACAGCGAGUCAGUGGUUGAGCCGGGGAUGGAACAAAGGAGUUCUGUCCCUCUUCUGGAACCACUGGACCGCGCUCCCCUUUACCUAUAUACAUUCUCCACACACACACACACCACACGUGCACACCCGCCCACCCCACCCCACUCAGCCUCUAUGUACAGCAAACAGCAGUGGGGGCAGGGGCAGGGGGCGCCUCAGGAGUGUUUUAAUGGAGGAAAUCUUGCUACUCUUGGAAGGAGAAUCCAAGAAAGCACAAAGCUGAGCCCCAACACAGACUGUGCAAACCUUGGGCCCCUCCGGACGCAGACUUCCUCUCCUCUCCUGAUGUCCCCCUGGCUGGCUAGUUGCAGCCGAUUCUUUAGGGGGUGGGGGUACCUGAAAAUGAACGAAGCUUUUUGCAAAACUUUGGGCAACAUCUGAGAAAAGAAAGAGGCAUCUUUACAGAAGAUGCCCAGGACUCAAGUCACAAAGUCAUAACCCAUGGCAAUCUCACCUCCACAGCAGGCCUGGAGGCUGGGGGCCGAGGGGAGGAGGAUGGGGACUGACCUACCCGCCAUCUGUCUCCAGAGUGGAGCUACUGGAGCGGACAAGAGUGGGCACUUCAAAAUCCUCCUGAGUGUUCCUGGACCGGGAGACGUGGCCUAGAGAGGGAUGUCCCCAAAGCGGGGCAAGGGGAGGGAAGGGGAGGGAGGGGCGCCCCCCUUCCCCGCACGAACGUGAGGGAGACCAGCCCUAGUCUGCUGGCUCGUGGUCGGGGUGAUGGAGGGCAGGGCCCAGCAAUAGCUUGCAGCGUGGAGGCUGUGGGGCGUCAGGCUCACCUGAGCUUUGGGGCGUUGGAAUGGUUUUCUUAACACACUGGUGAAGAAGGCAGAAGUGAGGCCAGCCCAGCUGGGCUGGCUGCCAUCCUCUCUGGGGUCGCUGCCAGGGGGACCGGCGCAGAAGGGCUUUCCUGGGGGCCGGCAG